AGUUGUUAGUCAGUUAGCGAAUUAGUCGGGUGGUCAGUUCCAGUGCCUGCUGGUCAAGUGUGCUGGAAAAAUAAUUCUCUUCCUUUCUCUUUUUUUGUUGUAAUUUUUUGACUAAGUGAAAUGAAUGUGAAAUUUGAGCUGAUUGCGCUGUUAAUUGUGACAGCUGUGCAGCUGGAUGUUAGAGCCGAUUGCGUUUGGUAUGGCGAAAGUCAUAAGAUCGGUAACAAUAUCGUCAAUCUCGCGUAUUCCGGCCCAGCGUUACCCCUAAACGAUCCUAGUGCUGAGGCAGACUUCGCCAGACGCUGCCCGAUGUUGUAUGCCGAAUACAAGGGCGAAACUGGAGAGGAUGCACUGAAGCUAUGUUGCGAUGCUGAUCAGAUUCGCUCCAUGGAUUCGGGAAUGACGCAGGCAGAUGGUGUCUACUCCAGGUGCCCCACCUGCACAUUAAACAUGGGUAUCACCAUAUGCGCGAUGACCUGUGCAAAAAAUCAGUCGCUCUUCCUCGCCACCUAUCUCGACAAGAAUCCCAAUAACGUGGACUUUGUGACGCACCUCGAUUACCGCCUGAUUGAUGAGAAAGCUAGAAAGAUUUACGAUAGCUGCAUUGGCAUACAUCAUUCGCAAACGGGUCGACCCGCCAUGGAUCUGGCCUGUGGUGCGUACAAUGCGAAGACCUGCGACUAUCGCAAAUGGUAUCGUUUCAUGGGCGAUACCUCACUCAGCGACUAUGUGCCGUUUGACAUUAACUACUUGUGGUCCGAGGAUGCGGAAGAAGGUUCCGACGACAUAUAUCUGGAUGUAUUCCCAUUGGACUGCGGACAGAGCUAUCCGGGCAAUUUUCCCUGCGCCUGCAUCGAUUGCGAGCAGUCCUGUCCGCUGACAGAGGCGCCAACUGGCUACGUGAGUCCCUGGCAGGUGGCCGGACUGUAUGGUGUUACAUUUGUAAUUUCUCUGGUGUUUGGUGUCCUAAUUAUCGGCUUCAUUUGCUGGGGUGCGACAGGAGAUCGACGAGGUCCCACGGUUUGUAUGCCCACCCUAUAUGGCGAUUUCAUUUAUCGCGGCUGUCGCAGCUGGGGCACUUUCUGUGCCAAACAUCCGGUUUUGGUGCUGGCCUUGUGCUCAUGGGUGAUCGGUGGACUAUCUUAUGGUGUGCUCUACAUGAAAGUGACCACAGAUCCCGUCGAGCUGUGGGCCAGCGAGCAGAGUCAAACUCGCAUCGAGAAGAACUACUUCGAUCAGCAUUUCGGGCCUUUCUAUCGCACAAAUCAGCUUUUCAUAAAGCCAGUGAAUAAGGAUACGUUUACACAUGAGACCGAUAGUGGAGUGCUCACCUUUGGACCCGCCUAUGAACAGAAUUUCCUGCAGGAGGUAUUUGAGCUGCAGGAGCAGAUAAUGCAGCUGGGCAUGUCGGAGGGUGCUGGCCUGGACACGACAUGCUAUGCACCCGUUCUGUAUCCGGGAGUUAAGCCCACGGUUGAUGACUGUUUGAUUCAGUCCAUCUAUGGCUACUUUCAGAAUGACAUGAGCAAAUUCCAGAACUCCUACGUAGACAGCAAAAACAACACCAUCAACUAUCUCAAUCAAUUGGAGGAUUGCCUGCGCGUGCCGAUGAUGGAGAACUGCUUCAGCAGUUAUGGCGGACCCAUUGAGCCGGGCAUUGCUGUUGGCGGAAUGCCAAAAGUUGGCGCUGGUGAGGAUCCCGACUAUAUGCUAGCCACCGGCCUAGUGCUGACCUUCCUAGGCAAGAACCAAAACGAUGAAUCACUGCUGGAGCCAAGUUUUGUGUGGGAGAAGCGCUUCAUUGACUUCAUGAAGAACUACAGCAGCGAUAGUCUGGACAUUGCCUACUCGGCGGAGCGAUCCAUUCAAGAUGCUAUUGUGGAGCUGUCCGAGGGUGAGGUGGGCACCGUUGUCAUCAGCUAUGUGGUGAUGUUCCUCUAUGUGUCCAUCGCUCUGGGACGCAUACGCAGCUGUGUGGGCUUCCUGCGCGAAUCGCGGAUUAUGUUGGCCGUAAGUGGAAUUGUUAUUGUGCUCGCAUCGAUACUCUGCAGCCUGGGCUUCUGGGGAUAUUUGGGUGUGACGACCACAAUGCUGGCCAUCGAGGUGUUGCCAUUUCUAGUGCUCGCCGUUGGCGUCGACAACAUAUUCAUAAUGGUGCACUCAUACCAGAGAUUGGAUCGCAGUCGCUAUGCGACCACACACGAGGCCAUCGGCGAGGCAGUCGGCCAGGUGGCACCCUCCAUUCUGCAGACGGCCAGCAGUGAGUUCGCCUGCUUCGCCAUCGGUGCCAUCUGCGAUAUGCCAGCCGUGAAAACAUUUGCCAUGUACGCAGCCAUGGCCAUUGUGCUCGACUUUCUGCUGCAGAUCACCGCCUUUGUGGCCCUGAUGGCCAUCGAUGAACGUCGCCAUGAGGACGGACGUCUGGAUAUGCUGUGCUGUAUGCGCACCAAUGUUGAGCCCCAGAAAUCCCAUGAGGCUGGCCACAUCGAGAAGCUCUUCAAGAACUUUUAUGCGCCCUUCCUGCUAUCCAAACCCGUGAAGAUGAUCGUGUUGCUGGUGUUCACUGUGAUCACUUGCCUGUCACUGAUGGUGAUGCCUUCAAUUGAAGCGGGAUUGGAUCAGGUUAUGUCCAUGCCCAAGGAAUCGCAUGUGGUCAAGUAUUUCCUUUAUAUGGACGAUCUAUUGUCGAUGGGGGCGCCCGUCUAUUGGGUGCUCAAGCCCGGACUCGACUACUCCAAUACCGAUCAUCAGAAUUUCAUUUGCGGCGGCGUCGAGUGCAAUGAGGAUUCACUGUCCGUUCAGCUCUACACCCAGUCUCGCUAUCCAGAUAUCACCGGCCUGGCCAGGCCGGCAAGCUCAUGGAUCGAUGACUACAUUGAUUGGAUCAGUAUCGGCGAUUGUUGUAAAUACAAUAUUACCACCGGUAGCUUCUGUCCAAGCAAUUCCAAGAGCGACGAUUGUCUGCCCUGUGAGCGAGAAUUCUCUGAAAACGGCCUACGACCCAGCUCCGAUACAUUUGACAAAUAUGUGCCAUUUUUCCUCUCCGAUCUACCCGAUGCUGAGUGUGCCAAGGCGGGUCGAGCAUCCUAUGCGGAUGCCAUCAUUUAUACGCUGGACGAUGAGGGACAGUCGACGAUUUUGGACACGUCUUUUAUGCAAUACUCGACAACAUCGACAACGUCGGCUCAAUUUGUUGCCGCACUGCGGGAGGCGCGUCGCGUCCAAUCUAACAUUAAUACGAUGUUUGCAAGGAACAAUAUCGAUACGGAAGUAUUUCCGUAUUGUGUGUUCUUCAUCUUUUACGAACAGUAUCUGACCGUGUGGGAUGAUGCACUGCUCUCGCUGGGUCUGUCGCUGGCGAGCAUAUUCUUGGUCACAUUGCUGCUGACCGGAAUGGAUAUUACAUCGGCGGCGAUUGUGCUUUUCAUGGUCAUCUGCAUUCUGAUCAAUAUGGGUGGCAUGAUGUGGGCGUGGGGAAUCACACUGAAUGCCAUCUCAUUGGUCAAUCUGGUCGUAUGCGUUGGCAUUGGCGUGGAGUUUGUGGCGCACAUUGUGCGCUCCUUCAAGCAGGCCGAGGGCAAUGCCCAGCAGCGGGCAUUGCAUUCGCUCAUCGUUACGGGGAGCAGUGUUCUGUCCGGAAUUACGUUGACCAAAUUCGCUGGCAUUGUGGUGCUGGGCUUUUCCAAUUCGCAAAUUUUUCAGGUCUUCUAUUUUCGCAUGUAUUUGGGCAUUGUGCUGAUUGGUGCGGCGCACGGCUUAAUACUGUUACCGGUGGUGCUCAGUCUUCUUGGUCCAUUGAAUACGCGGGCCAGAAAAUCCAGCACUAAAUCGGUAACAUCAACAUCACGGGGAUCCAACUAAGUACUAGAUUAAGCACAAGUCUGAAUGCCAUUGUCGGUGUGAGUGUGUGAAUGGGUGUGCGAGUGUGUCUGUGCGUGUCUGCAUUAACUGGUCAGGUAACAUUUAAUCUGUAUUUUGUUUUAUUUAUAUAUAUUUAUAUAUAUAUGUAUAUAUGUAUAUUCAUACUUCGUUAUUUCUUAUUUUGGACUGCUAUUUAAAAUUAAUAAUAAACAACAAUAACAACCAACAAAAAAAA